AACACGUGCGCAGUGACGUAUCCGGAUGUGACACAAUACUAGUAUCUGGGGCUAGUGGGCUUCAAGGUUGUCUUCAAUCAGCAAGCUGCGCGAGCGGAGCACGUGGACAGGCCUUUCUGGAAGGCAAGAUGGAUCAAGCCAGGACGACAAUAACAAAAAUAUUCAACGGGACGGAAGGUUCCUACACGCGCUUUCUGACCCAGAACAUGGAGGAAGACUCCAGCCACGUGGAGAUGAAGCUCUCGACCGAUACGGAGGACGAGGUCGGAGAGAACGGAGUGGCGGAUCACGGAAAACACAAUCACGUCCGUCCGUCCUACGUCAGUAAAUCCGGCCUGUGCAAUCCCAGAAACAUCUGCAUCGCAGCAACCGUGGCUAUUGUCGUCAGCUUCCUGAUCGGAAUUCUGAUUGGCUCCAGUGUGAAUAAAAAGACAUCCAGCGACGUUUCCGACUCCUGCAGGAUUCCCAACACUUCUCCUCCUUCCGCUGACGACGAUACGAUUCCGAUAGAGCCGGUUCCCUCUCUCGACUGGAGCGGCAUCACGUCUUUGUUUAAACGCAAACUGACCACAAGUGACCUCGACAAGAGCUUCAGGGAAUUCUCCAGCGAAGAUCAUCAAGCAGGAUCCGCCGGAGAUGAGAAUCUUGCCAGUAAAGUGUUUAAAAAUUUCAAGGAUUAUGGGAUGGAGCCCUGGCUCGAUACACAUUUUGUGAAGGUCCAGGGUCUUCCUAAAGGUGUCACAAACAAGGUGAUGUUCCGCAACAAAACGUUUUCCGAACCUGGCUAUUUGUCCUACAGUGCGAUGACAAGAGCUCAGGGUGCAGUUUUGUACGUGCAUUACGGACGAGACGAUGACUUGAGAAGUCUGCAAGACCUUGGUAUUGACACGAACGGCAGGGUCCUUCUAGUCCGGGCUGGAAAAAUUAGUUAUGCUGAGAAGGUUGCUAACGCCGUCAAGGUGAACGCAAGCGCGGUGCUGAUCUACCCCGACCCUGCUGACUAUAACUUUGAUGAAAACACUUCCUUGUUUGGCCACGUUCAUCUCGGUUCCGGUGAUCCGUUCACUCCAGGUUUCCCAUCUUUCAACCACACACAGUUUCCUCCAUCCAAAUCCUCCGGCUUGCCGAGCAUCCCGGCCCAGACCAUCAGAGCCAGUACAGCUGCAGCCAUCAUGAGGGACAUGGGAGGUCGCGGUCCACCUCGUGGAUGGGCUGAUGGAGGUCUGCAAGAGUACAAGCUCGGUGACCUUAACGACGUCGUCUCCCUGCAGAUGAACAACGUUCUCACAGAGAUCCAAAUUCAUAACGUGUUUGGCGUCAUCAAGGGUUUAAUCGAUCCUGAUCGGUAUGUGGUGAUCGGAGCUCAGAGAGACGCCUGGGGUCCUGGAUUUGCAGCGUCCACUGUCGGCACAUGCUUGUUGCUGGAGUUAGCCAGAGUUAUUAGCAGCAUGAUACACGAAGAUGGAUUCAAACCCAGACGGAGCAUCGUGUUCGCCAGUUGGAGCGCCGGAGAAUACGGGGCUGUUGGUGCCACCGAGUGGCUGGAGGGUUAUUUACCUUCCUUGAACAUGAAAGCUUACUCCUACAUUAGCCUGGAUGCAGUAGUCACAGGUGUGCCUCUUUUUAAAGCGAGUGCGAGCCCACUGAUGAACGACCUGAUCCAGAGUACUCUAAAAGAGGUGUCUUCACCCGCUGGCUCCGGCAGGACUUUAUUUGUACAGAAUGCUGGACUUAACUGGGAGACGUCUAUGCUGGAGCCGAUGAGGAUGGACGACGCCGCUUAUCCGUUCCUGGCUUUCUCCGGCAUCCCGUCGGUCUCUUUCCGAUUCACUCAGAAUGAUCAAUACCCGUUCUUUGGCACCUUGCUGGACACCAGGGAGAAUCUGGAGAGAAGAGUACAGAACGUACCUGCGGUGGUGAAGGCUGCAGGCGAGAUGGCGGGUCAGAUGGCUCUUCGGCUGGUACACGAUCAUCUGCUGAGACUCAACACGGAAAAGUACCUCAAGCUCAUGUACAUCCAAGUGAACAAAAUCAAUAAGGAAGUGAUGGGUCUGCAAAGGAAUGGUCGCCUUCCAAAGACCCUGCAGAUGAAGUGGUUCAUGUCAGCCAUCGGUUCCUACGGCCGUGCCUCGAGAAGCCUCUUCAGCACCAUCCAGAACAGCGACCUUGAUGAUCUGGAGCAGUGCCGCAUCAUCAACGACCGGAUCAUGGGGGUGGAAAGGGAUCUGCUGUCUCCUUACAUGUCUCCACAGAACACACCGUUCAGACACAUCUUGCAUGGCGCUGGAUCGUGCACACUACAAGAUGUGCUCACACAGCUGACAGCGAUCAAAGAAGGUUCGGCGAAGGCUGACGUCGACCUGCUGAAGAACCAGUUUGCUCUGACCACCUGGACCAUCCAGAGCUGUGCCAACGCACUCGCAGGCAACGUGUGGGACCUGGACAAUGACCUUUAGGUGAAAUUUCACUCUGGUCUCAGACAAACUUCAGAUUCAAACUCCAGAAAACUCCCCUUUGCAUAAUGAAUUGCUCUCCGCCCGUCCAUUAAGAUGCCUUAAAGUGACACUGUGCUACAUUUCAAUCGGAAGCUUGCUGGAAGAAACAAGUUCUCGUCCGUAUGUCGAUCCAGAGCGAGCAAACAUCACCAAAUGUUACUGUAAAAUAAACAAUCAGAAGGUUUGGGGUUGAAAUGUAGAACAGCGUCCUAAGAUAAAUAUUCUCUCUAAAAUAAAAAAAAAUUCAGCAGCUAUUAAAAAAAAGAAGAAGAGAAAAUAAUGCCUAAAGAUAAACUUGGUGCUUGAAGAACAUGGAGUUCUGAUUUAUUAAAUAUUACCACGUGGUAUUUUUCUUGAACAGCAAAAUAAAAAGGUCAAGCCACAAAAUGUUUAGCUCAAGCUAUAUUUAAAAAAAAUGGAAAAAAAAAAAACAUGGAUUCUAGUUUACUCUUGGAAAAUUCUAUGUUUUUGUUACUUGAUUGGAGCUAAACAUGUUCAGAAACCCUUGAAUUUCAAAGCUGGCGUUCAGUUCGUGCUUAACCCAAAGCAUCAAGCCUCUUAGUGUUCAGCAGUCCCAAGCCGGUCAGGUCCUAGAACUGACUGCGAGAGGGAAUAUAUAUAUAUAUAUAAAUCCAACUCUGUUACGACGAUCUGAUGAGCCGAACGCCAGCUAAACGAUGUGGCACCAUGAUCUCUAUUUAUAUUUAUUUAUUUAUCAGUGACAGGGUUCACUAUAAAUAGUAUUUUGUACCACUUUUUUUUAAAGAAAUGUAUAAUUAUCGGAAGCAGUGCCUUCCAUAAUUAUGACAGUUAUACUGUCGAAAUGACAAAAUGACAAAAGCAGCAUCUGCUACGGAGGUAAACGUUUCCGGAAAACAUCAACAUCAACAAGCGAACGUCACGACCGGGGACCGUCACAUUGCACGGUUCAGUGCUGGGUCACGCACUCGAAUGUUGUCAUUAUAUCCAGUGUUUUUUUUUUUGUUUUGUUUUUUUUGACUAUUAUCGGGAGCAGCGUCUUCCAUAAUGUGAAGUCGAUGGUAGUUUUUGCCUACCAGUGUGUUGAUAUCGAGAGCAGGGCCUCUCAUAUUUCACUGUAUGGUGGAUGGUAAUUAUCGGGAACAGUGUUUCUCAUAAUGUUGUACAUAUUCUCUGCAUGAACAGUGCAGUCAGCUUGCUAAAAAAAAAAAGUCAGAUGCUUUUUCUUUUCUAUCAUGUGAUUUGGAAAUAGUGACACAUGAGAUCAAUCAUACAAGCUUAUAGAAAUAAAUCUACACUCGUGAUGUGCAAAUUGGUAGAAUUCUGUAAAAUGUAUAAAAUGCCUUUUUUUCUCUCUCUUUUGUUUCUUGUGUGUGAUUUUUUGGUUUUAUUAUUUUUUCCCCUUCUUCUUCUUGUCUGUGCCUUCUGAUCUCACGAGAUUAAUAUAAUUUCCCCAGAUUUCUUUUCUUACAUAUUAAGUGGUAAAUAUUACAAUCUGUUCAGUAUGAUUUUUUUUUUCUUCAAACACCUUUUUAAGCGGUGCAAUAAAACUGAUGCUGGAAUAUUAUUUCAUGCAGUUAAACAUCCUUUUUAUUUCAGCCGAAUCAAAAAAAAAAAAAAAAAGACAAACUGCAGAUUUUCAUGAGCUAAAAUGUAGUUGCUUACUUUGUCAGUUGUCAACAUGUUUGUCUUCAGCAAUGUCAAGCGCAAUAAACUGUUUAAUGCAAUAAAUAUGUACACCUUA